AUAAUUAGCCAAUCCAUUACCUCAAAACUUUACUAUUUCUUUGUGAUGAGAAUAUUCAAAAUUCUCUCCUCUAGCUAUUUUGAAAUAUGCAUUAUUGUUAACUGUACGCACCUUACUGCAAAAUAGAAUACCAGAACUAGUUCUUCCUAGCUAUUGUAACUUCAUACCCUUUAACUAACGCCUCGCCAUGCUCCCCUUCUUAGGAUUCUGACUGAAGGGAAGGAUGCUAAACUUUCCACGAAUGUGCCUCGCCUAAUUCGUGCUGAAGGGAAACUGAAACCUAAGUGCUUCUGAGAGGAGAAAGGAAACCGAAACUCCUGCAGGCAUAAAAGAGCGGCUGCGGUGGCUCAGAGCGCCCAGUCCUAGGCCAAGUCUGGGGUAACCUGGAGCUUCCACCUGGGCUCUGCGCUAGGUGUCUGUUUCACUCCUUCCCCGCGGGGCGCGCAGCUCACGGGUCUUUGGACACCACCGGUCCCGAGUCCGCGGACUGCCAUUUUCAUUAAGAACUACCACUUAGAGGUACCAAAGUAAAGGAUAUUUGCUAACUUUAAUACUUGCCAGUUCAGGUUGGAGGCACAGGCAGCAGCAAGAAUGGAAAGAAACGUUCUUACAACAUUUUCACAGCAAAUGUCCAAGUUAAUUUUGAAUGAAAUGCCAAAAGCUGAAUAUUCCAGUUUAUUCAAUGAUUUUGUUGAAUCUGAAUUUUUUUUGAUUGAUGGGGAUUCAUUACUUAUCACAUGUAUCUGUGAGAUAUCAUUUAAGCCUGGGCAGAACCUCCAUUUCUUCUAUCUGGUUGAACGCUAUCUUGUGGAUCUUAUUAGCAAAGGAGGACAAUUCACCAUAGUUUUCUUUGAGGAUGCCGAGUAUGCCUAUUUCAACUUCCCUGAACUUCUUUCUUUGAGAACUGCUUUAAUUCUUCAUCUUCAGAAGAAUACCACCAUUGAUGUUCGAACAACAUUUUCGAGAUGCUUAUCAGAAGAGUGGGGAAGUUUCUUGGAGAAGAGUUACCCAUAUUUCCUGAUAGUUGCAGAUGAAGGCCUGAACGAUCUACAAACACACCUUUUCAACUUUUUAAUCAUUCAUUCUUGGGCAAGGAAGGUCAAUGUUGUACUUUCCUCAGGGCAAGAAUCUGAUGUUCUUCGCCUUUAUGCGUACCUUCUUCCAAGCAUGUACAGACACCAGAUUUUUUUCCAGAAGAAUAAACGGAACUUUAAAGAUGCUUACGUAACCCUGCUUAACCAGUUGAAAAGAUUUAAGCUUUCAGCAUUAGCACCUCUUUUUGGAAGUUUAAAAUGGAAUAAUAUUAUGGAAGAGGCACACGAGACUGUAUCUAUGCUUACACAAGUCUGGCCAGAAGGAUCUGACAUUCGGCGUGUCUUCUGUGUUACUUCAUGCUCAUUAUCCUUGAGAAUGUACCAUCGCUUUUUAGGAAACAGAGAGCCCUCCUCUGGUCAGGAAACUGAGAUCCAACAGGUGAACAGUAACUGCUUAACCCUGCAGGAGAUGGAAGAUUUGUGUAAACUGCACUGUCUCACUGUGGUUUUUCUACUCCAUCUGCCUCUUUCUCAAAGAGCUUGUGCUAGAGUCGUCACUUCCCAUUGGGCUAAGGACAUGAAGCCUUUAUUACAAAUGAAAAAAUGGUGUGAAUAUUUCAUCUUAAGAAAUAUACAUACUUUUGAAUUUUGGAAUCUGAAUUUAAUUCACCUUUCUGACUUAAGUGAUGAGCUUUUGUUGAAGAAUAUUGCUUUUUACUAUGAAAAUGAAAAUGUAAAAGGCCUACAUUUGAAUUUGGGAGAUACCAUUAUGAAAGAUUAUGAAUAUCUCUGGAAUACCGUAUCAAAGUUGGUCAGAGACUUUGAGGUUGGACAGCCAUUUCCUCUGAGAACAACAAAAUUUCGUUUUCUUGAAAAGAAACCAUCACCAAUCAAAGACAGCGCCAGUGAAAUGGUGCCCAAUUUGGGUUUUAUUCCAAUGUCCUCUUUUGUGGUUGAUAAAUUUGCUGGAGAUAUUUUGAAAGAUUUGCCUUUUCUAAAAAGUGAUGAUCCUAUUGUUACUUCACUGGUUAAACAAAAGGAAUUUGAUGAACUUGUGCACUGGCAUUCUCAUAAACCCCUGAGUGAUGAUUAUGACAGGUCCAAGUGUCAGUUUGAUGAAAAAUCUAGAGACCCUCGUGUUCUUAGAUCUGUGCAAAAGUAUCAUGUUUUCCAACGGUUUUAUGGGAAUUCAUUAGAAACAGUCUCUUCGAAAAUCAUCGUGACUCAAACUAUUAAGUCAAAGAAGGAUUUUAGUGGGCCCAAGAGCAAAAAGGCACACGAGACCAAGGCUGAAAUAAUUACUAGAGAGAAUAAGAAAAGGUUAUUUGCCAAGGAAGAACAAAAGGAAGAGCAAAAGUGGAAUGCUUUGUCAUUUUCUAUUGAAGAGCAAAUGAAAGAGAAUUUAUACUCUGGAAUAAAGAACCUGGAAGACUUUUUGAAAUCCUGUAAAAGUAGCUCUGUGAAACUUCGGGUUGAAAUGGUGGGAUUAACUGCUUGCUUGAAAGCCUGGAAAGAACAUUGCCGAAGUGAAGAAGGUAAAACCACGAAAGAUUUAAGUAUAGCUGUUCAAAUGAUGAAAAGGAUCCACUCCUUGAUGGAAAAAUACUCAGAACUUUUACAAGAAGAUGAUCGGCAACUCAUAGCCAGAUGCCUUAAGUAUUUAGGAUUUGAUGAGUUGGCAAAUUCUUUACAUCCAACUCAGGAUGCAGAAAAUGAUGUAAAAGCGAAGAAAAGGAAUAAAUAUUCAGUUGGCAUCGGGCCAGCUCGGUUCCAACUGCAAUACAUGGGCCAUUAUUUGAUACGAGAUGAGAGAAAAGACCCAGAUCCCAGGGUCCAGGAUUUUAUUCCCGACACAUGGCAGCGAGAGCUCCUUGAUGUUGUGGAUAAGAAUGAGUCUGCAGUGAUUGUUGCCCCAACAUCCUCAGGCAAAACCUAUGCCUCCUACUACUGCAUGGAGAAAGUGCUGAAGGAGAGUGAUGAUGGGGUGGUCGUGUACGUUGCUCCCACAAAGGCCCUUGUUAAUCAAGUGGCAGCAACUGUUCAGAACCGUUUUAUGAAAAAUCUGCCAAGUGGUGAAGCUCUCUGUGGUGUUUUCACCAGGGAGUAUCGUCAUGACGCCUUAAACUGUCAGGUACUUAUUACAGUGCCUGCCUGCUUUGAAAUUCUGCUGCUUGCUCCUCAUCGCCAAAAUUGGGUGAAAAAGAUCAGAUAUGUUAUAUUUGAUGAGGUUCAUUGUCUUGGUGGAGAAAUUGGAGCAGAAAUCUGGGAACAUCUCCUCGUCAUGAUCCGAUGUCCCUUUUUGGCUCUUUCAGCUACCAUAAGUAAUCCUGAACAUCUCACCGAGUGGCUACAAUCGGUAAAAUGGUACUGGAAACAAGAAGACAAAAUAAUUGAAAAUAAUACUGCUUCUAAAAGACAUGUGGGUCAUCAUGCCGGCUUUCCCAAAGACUACCUGCAAGUAAAACAGUCAUAUAAAGUUAGACUUGUGCUCUAUGGGGAGAGGUACAAUGAUCUAGAGAAGCAUGUAUGUUCAAUAAAACAUGAUGACAUCCAUUUUGAUCAUUUUCACCCAUGUGCUGCACUAACCACAGAUCAUAUUGAAAGGUAUGGAUUCCCUCCUGAUCUUACCCUUUCACCUCGAGAAAGCAUCCAGCUAUAUGAUGCCAUGUUUCAAAUUUGGAAAAGUUGGCCCCGGGCCCAGGAACUGUGCCCAGAAAACUUCAUUCAUUUUAACAAUAAAUUAGUCAUUAAAAAGAUGGAUGCUAGAAAAUAUGAAGAGAGUCUAAAGUCAGAAUUAACAAGUUGGAUUAAAAAUGGCAACAUAGAGGAGGCCAGAAUGGUACUUCGGAAUCUUAGUCCUGAAGCAGAUUUGAGUCCAGAAAACAUGAUCACGAAGUUUCCGCUUCUAGUUGAAAAACUAAGGAAAAUGGAGAAGUUACCUGCAUUAUUUUUUUUAUUCAAGUUAGGAGCUGUAGAAAACGCAGCCAAAAGUGUGAGCACUUCCCUAAAGGAAAAGCAGGAGAAAAAAAGGCCUCCCAAAGCUGAUAAAGAAGCCCAUGUCAUGGCUAACAAACUUCGAAAAGUUAAAAAAUCCAUAGAGAAACAAAAGAUCUUAGAUGAAAAGAGCCAGAAAAAAAACAGAAAUGUGGAUCAAAGCCUAAUACAUGAGGCUGAACAUGAUAAUCUGCUGAAGUGUCUAGAGAAGAACCUAGAAAUCCCACAGGACUGCACAUAUGCUGAUCAAAAAGCAGUGGACACCGAGACUUUGCAGAAGGUAUUUGGUCGAGUAAAAUUUGAAAGAAAAGGUGAAGAAUUGAAAGCCUUGGCAGAAAGGGGUAUUGGAUAUCAUCACAGUGCUAUGAGUUUCAAAGAAAAACAAUUAGUUGAAAUCCUCUUUAGGAAAGGAUUUCUUAGGGUGGUGACAGCUACUGGAACACUUGCUUUAGGUAUCAACAUGCCUUGUAAGUCUGUGGUUUUUGCUCAAAACUCAGUCUAUCUGGAUGCCUUGAAUUAUAGACAGAUGUCUGGCCGUGCUGGAAGGAGAGGUCAAGACCUGAUGGGAGAUGUAUAUUUCUUUGAUAUUCCAUUCCCCAAAAUAGGAAAACUCAUAAAAUCCAAUGUUCCUGAGCUGAGAGGACAGUUCCCUCUCAGCAUAACCCUAGUCCUGCGACUCAUGCUGCUGGCUUCCAAGGGAGAUGACCCAGGGGAUGCCAAGGCAAAGGUGCUAUCAGUGCUAAAGCAUUCAUUGCUGUCCUUCAAGCAACCCAGAAUCAUGGACAUGUUAAAACUUUACUUCUUGUUUUCUUUGCAGUUCUUGGUGAAAGAGGGCUAUUUAGAUCAAGAAGGUAAUCCAAUGGGGUUUGCUGGACUUGUAUCACAUUUGCAUUACCAUGAACCUUCUAAUCUUGUUUUUGUCAGUUUUCUCGUAAAUGGCCUUUUCCAUGAUCUCUGUCAGCCAACCAGUAAAGGCUCAAAACAUUUUUCUCAAGACGUUAUGGAAAAGCUAAUGUUAGUACUGGCACAUCUCUUCGGAAGAAGAUACUUUCCACCAAAGUUCCAAGAUACACACUUCGAGUUUUAUCAAUCAAAGGUGUUCCUUGAUGAGCUCCCUGAGGAUUUCAGUGAUGCUUUAGAUGAGUAUAACAUGAAAAUUAUGGAGGACUUUACCACUUUCCUACGAAUUGUUUCCAAACUGGCUGAUAUGAAUCAGGAAUAUCAACUCCCAUUGUCAAAAAUCAUAUUAUUGUCAGAAUUCACAGGUAAAGAAUGUGAAGACUCUCAACUCGUAUCUCAUUUGAUGAGCUGCAAGGAAGGAAGAGUAGCAAUUUCACCAUUUGUUUGUCUGUCUGGGAACUUUGAUGAUGAUUUGCUUCGACUAGAAACUCCAAACCAUGUUACUCUAGGCACAAUCGGUGUAAAUCGCUCUCAGGCUCCAGUGCUGUUGUCACAGAAAUUUGAUAACCGAGGAAGGAAAAUGCCGCUUAAUGCCUAUGCACUGGAUUUCUACAAACAUGGUUCCUUGCUAGGAUUAGUCCAGGAUAAUGGGAUGAAUGAAGGAGAUGCUUAUUAUUUGUUGAAGGAUUUUGCACUCACCAUUAAAUCUAUCAGUGUUUCCCUGCGUGAGCUAUGUGAAAAUGAAGACGACAACGUUGUCUUAGCCUUUGAACAGCUGAGUACAACUUUUUCGGAAAAGCUAAACAAAGUCUAAAAACAAAGUCUAUGCAAACCACUUAAAAAUAAUUCCAUAGCAGUUUUUCACGUCACAUUUUUGAUUCUCAUGCUUCUUGCCAGAAAUGCAUUAUGAUAAAGUGGAAAGAUCAAGCACUUUGGAAUCAAACAGAGUUGCAAUCAAACCUGCCAUGUUCUAUCAUGAAUACUCACAAGUUAUUUAGUAUACCUGAAUCUUGGUUUCUUUUUAUAACUGAGUAAUAAUUGUUACGUCUCAGGUAGUUUGAGGAUUGACUAAGAAAAUGCAAGAAUGUUGUAUGUGACUGAAUAACAAUUUUUACUCUGUGAAGCCAAAGUAAAUAUAAUAUUAUCAGUAUUUUAUAAAGUGUCAAUAUUUAUAAAAUGUUUAUUAAGGCUAGAAAAAAAUGAAUACAAUAUCCUGAAGGUGAAAUAUAUUCUCUUCAAUUAGCAUAAAUAUGAUUACAUAAGUUAGCUAUACAGCUGUUGAGAUAGUACUUUCUAGUAAACUUAAACUACUUUUUAAACAUACAUUUUGUGAUGAUUUAACAAAAAUAUAGAGAAUGAUUUACUUUAUUGUAAUUGUAUAUAAGUGACUGGAAAACCACAAAGAAAUAAAGUGGGUUUGAUCUGUUUAC